AUGAAGUUGAUAGGUAAGUUUACACUUGAUGAUGCACAUUUAUUGAGUAAAGAAAAAUUUCUUAGUUGUAAUCACAUCGGUACUUUACGCUUCUUAUUUUUGAAAUUAAACAUCUUUACGUUUCAUUAUGCUUUUACUUCAAAUAAACGUUUGAAAAUUAGUGAUGAUGGUCCAAAUGAAUUAUCAUUGAUCAAUCCACUAUCACCAUCAUCAACGUUAGCAUCAUUGAAAUUAAUAUUUUAUGCUGAAUAUUCUCCAGAUUGUUCUUUAAUUGAACAAUUUUCAUCAUUACUAUGUUCAUUAACAUUAUCAGGAUUAUAA